AUGCUACCAAAAGUAUCGGUAGUUAUGCUACCAACAACAACAACAACAACAAUAACAACAAAAACAACAACAACAACAGCAAUAGCAACAGUAAAACUGUUACUUUUGAGUUAUAUUCAAGCUCUGGCGUAUAGUGCUAAAUUAAUAAUUCGGCCCGAUUCAUCGACGGCAGUCGAAGAUACGAGGGUUAGCUUCUUUUGUCGUGCCGAUGGUAAUCCAUUACCCACAGUAAUUUGGAAGAAAAAUGGUCUGUCAAUCUCCGAUUUAAGAUAUUCAACAAAGACCCUUUCAAAUGGUUUGAGUACAUUGCGAAUUGAUCCGGUUAAAUUAAAUGAUGCAAAUUCAACAAUAAGCUGUACCGCUGAUAACGGAAUUGGUAGUCCGGUUAUCGCUGAUGCAAUGCUUACCGUUCUUUCAUCUGAUGAAUUACCAGCCGGAUUUCCGGUAAUUGAAGCUCAUCCAGUUUUAAAAUCGGUUGAACAAGGUCGGACAGCACACGUAUCAUGUCGGGUACGUGGUGAUCCUCGUCCAAAAGUAUUAUGGUUACGUGAUUUAAUGCCUGUUGAUAUUCGAUCUAAUACGCGAUAUUCCGUUUCUACGCUUGGUAAUCCAGGUUUUCGAUUGAAAGCAAUUGGUAAGAUUUAG